AUGGACUAUUUGUCUGUGUUCCUUACCAUUCUUGCUGCUGCAAUAGGCUUCUUCAUGGUUUUUAGAAAAUUCAGAUUCUAUCAAGAAAACAAAGAAAUCGAUCCUUCUUUAUCAUUUUUAAUACCUCCAUCUUCUUUAUCACCUUCACCAGUUCCUCCAUCUUCUUUGUCUCACAAUUGGACACUCGAUGUCUUUCCGAGCUUCCGCGGUGAGGAUGUUCGCAUAGACUUUCUUAGUCACAUUCAAAAGGAGUUUCAAAGAAAGGGAAUCACAACAUUCGACGAUAAUGGGAUCAAGAGAGGAGAAUCCAUCGGUCCCGAACUCAUACGGGCGAUUAGAGGAUCUAAGAUCGCGAUCGUCUUGCUCUCAAGGAACUAUGCUUCUUCAAAGUGGUGUCUUGACGAGUUGGUGGAGAUUAUGAAGUGCAGGGAAGAACUAGGUCAAACUGUGCUGGCCAUUUUCUAUAGAGUGGAUCCAUCUGAUGUAAAGAAGCUCGCCGGAGAUUUCGGCAAGGUUUUCAAAAAAACUUGUGCGGGUAAAACUAAGGAGGUCAUCGAGGGAUGGAGACAAGCUUUGGUGACAGUGGCGACAAUCGCUGGUUACGAUUCAAAUAACUGGAAUAGUGAAGCGGCCAUGAUCGAAAGAAUCGCCAUUGAUGUUUCAAAUGAGCUAAUUAAUUCUGUGCCAUCGAGUGAUUUCAACGGUUUUGUUGGGAUGGCAGCUCACAUGAGAAAAAUGGAACAGUUGUUACUCUUAGGCUCCAAUGAAGUGAGGAUGAUAGGUAUUUGGGGUCCUUCCGGAAUUGGUAAGAGCACCAUCGCCAGAGUUCUAUAUAGCAAUUACUCUCAUCAGUUCCAACUUAGUGUCUUCAUGGAGAAUGUCAAAAGACGCUCUCCAAGACCUUGUUACGAUGAGUACAGCGCGAAACUUCAACUACAGAAAGAGUUGUUGUCCCAAAUAUUCAAUCUGGAGGAUAUCAAGAAUCAUCAUCAUUUAGGAGUUGUACCAGACAGGUUAAAAGACAAGAGAGUGCUUGUGGUUCUUGAUGACGUGGACCAUUUGAUGCAACUAGAUGCCAUGGCGAAAGAAAGUUGGUGGUUUGGUCCUGGAAGUCGGAUUAUCAUCACAACACAAUAUAGAAGAAUUUUGAAUGCACAGAGGAUUAACCAUAUUUACAAGGUGGAUUUUCCAUCUUACAGUGACGCUGUUGAAAUCUUCUGCAUUUAUGCUUUCGGUCAGAAGUCUCCAUAUGAUGGUUUUAGGAAACUUGCUUGGGAAGUUACAGAACUUACUGGGAAACUCCCUUUGGGAUUAAGGGUUAUGGGAUCUUAUUUCAAAGGAAUGCCCAAGCAGGAGUGGACAAAGGCACUACCAAGGUUAAGAGCUAGCCUUGACGGAGAGAUAGAAAGUAUUCUGCAGUUCAGCUUUGAUGCCUUAUUUGACGAAGAAAAAGCAUUAUUUCUUUACAUAGCCUGCUUUUUCAACGGUGAAGCAAUUGAGAAAGUGGAAGCGUUUCUUGCCGAGAAAUUUUCUGAUGUUGAAGGUAGUCUUCGUAUUUUAGCUGAGAAAUCUCUCAUAUCCAUCCAGUGGGAGAGAUUUAUAGACAUGCAUACUUUGCUAUCACGUCUGGGUACGGAAAUUGUUCGUAAACAAUCCAUUAACGAACCUGGGCUGCGUCAGUUUUUGGUUGAUUUUAGAGAUAUACGCCAAGUACUAUGUAAUGAUUCAGUAAGUAGUCGAAGUGUUAUAGGCAUACGUUUGAAGUAUAGUGAGUUGGAGAUAAGUGACGGAGCCUUUGAAAGAAUGUCCAGUGUCCAAUUCUUAAGACUCUGUUGUCCGUUCAUACCACUGAUAUCAGAAAGGCUGAACUGUCUACCUCGAGAAGUUAGAUUACUGCAUUGGGAAAACUUUCCGAUGACAUGUCUGCCUUGUUGUUUUAAUACGGAGUUCCUGGUGGAAAUAAACAUGUGUCAUAGCAACCUUGAGAAAUUGUGGGAAGGAGUUAAAACGAUUAAAAAUCUCAAGUGGAUGGAUUUGGAUGGUUCCAUCAAUCUAAAGGAGCUUCCUGAUCUCUCAACUGCCACUAAUCUCAUAAAGUUGAAACUUAGUGGUUGCUCAAGUCUAGUGGAGCUCCCCUCUUCUAUUGGGAAUGCUACUCAUCUCCGAGAAUUGGAUCUUAGAGGUUGCUCAAGUCUAGUGAAACUCCCCUCUUCUAUUGGGAAUGCAAUUAAUCUACAAAAAUUGGUUCUCAGUGAAUGUACAAGUCUAGUGAAACUCUCCUUUUCAAUGGAAAAUGCCACUAAUUUCAAGGUACUGGAUCUCCAAGGGUGCUUACAUCUACUUGAGCUCCCAUCUUCUAUUGGCAAUCUUAAGGAACUGUAUCUCGAUAAUUGCUCAAGUUUGGUGAAGCUUCCAUCUUCAAUUAGAAAUGCAUGUUAUCUCGAGGAAUUUACUUGUAGCGGUUGCUCAAGUCUUGUGGAUUUCCCCCCUUCUAUUGGUAAGGAAAUCUAUUUCCGGCAAUUAGAUAUGAGUGGAUGCUCAAGUCUUGUGGAGCUUCCCUCUUAUUUUGGAAAUAUGAUACAUCUUUCGGAUUUAUUUCUCGACGAAUGCUCAAGUCUUGUGAAGCUCCCUUUUUCUAUUGGAAAUAUGAUUGAUCUCAAAAUGUUGUCUCUCAACGGGUGCUCAAGUCUUGUGGAGCUCCCCUCUGCUGUAGAGAAUAUGAACAAUCUCGAGGAUUUGUCUCUCAAUGAAUGCUCAAGUCUUGUGGAGCUCCCUUCUUCUAUUGGAAAUAUUCGGAAAUUGAAAAGGUUGUAUUUAGCUGGUUGCUCAAAGCUAAGGGCCCUUCCGAUCAACAUCAACAUGAAAUCUCUCGAUGAACUUGAUCUCACUGGCUGCUCGUUGUUGAAAAGCUUUCCUGAGAUUUCCACAAACGUUAGCGUCCUAAUGCUCAAAGGAACAGCAAUAGAAGAAAUUCCUCCAUCAAUCAGGUCAUGGUCUCGUCUUGAUAGUUUACAUAUGUCAUACUGUGAAAACGUUAGGAAAUCGCAGCAUGCUUUUGACCGCAUCACGGAGCUGCACUGUAGCGACACGACAGUACAUGAAAUUGCUCCAUGCAUCAAGGAAAUGUCUCGUCUACGUAAACUUGUAAUCAAGGGAUGCACAAAGCUGGUUUCGCUCCCACAGCUUCCAAAGUCAUUAGCAAUCCUAGACGCAGAAAACUGUGAGUCUCUCGAGAGACUAGAUCGUUCUUUAAACAAGACAAUGUUUACGAUUCUCAAUCUUCUUAACUGCUUCAAACUGAAUCAAGAAGCAAGAGACCUUAUCUUCGAUACAUCAACAAGAGGACGUGCAUUUUUUCCCGGAGAAAAAGUGCCUACAUAUUUCACGUACCGAGCCACUGGGAGUUCCUUGUCAGUGAAUUUGAAUGGAUAUGAAACACAUUUUUCUACACUUUCGAGAUUGAAAGCUUGCGUCUUAAUGGUUAAGAAGGUUGACGUCGAGGUUGGUGAUAGGAACACGGCGACUAUAUCUUGUUACAUCAACGACGAAAGGUGUACUCAACUUUGGAACCAAUUCUCUUUAUCUUCAAAGGAGCAUCUGUUCGUAUUCGAAGAAACUGUGAGUUCCACCGAAGUAGUCUUUAAAUUCGAACUCGACAAUGAAGGAUGGGAGAUUAAAGAAUGCGGGGUACGUCCUCAUAAACCCUAG